AUGAGUGACCCUAAAGAGGUGACUGGUCAUAAGACCAAAGAAAGUGAAAGAAACCCUCAUUCCGAGGAACAGGAUGGAAUGGCUAACCGAAGUCAGAGAGUUCCAAGAAACUCAGGUGGUGAUUCAACCCCAUCUUCAUCAUCAAAACGUCCACAAAAAGACAGUCCAGCCAAAGAUACAAGAAAGACACCGAUUACAACAUCUCCUGCCUCACCAUCUAUGGACAGAAGCCCAACGCCACCAGUCAUGUCUGACUUGACCAACCCGGAAGGAGACGCUGAUAAUGACUUGAACCGAAGUGACCUGACGUUCAAUGACGCAUUACCGUCAGCAGUUACACCCGAAGUGGCAGCCAUGGUCACUGAAAAUUUGCGAAGUGAAAUGAGCGAGGUGUAUAAGAUACUUCAUCUCCUCCUUGAAAACUCACAUGAAAGAAGAAGCAAGCUCAUCGACAUUCCGGACUGGCAAAAUUUGGGAGAAGAAGAAAGAGCGGAGAAGGUAUCUGAAUUUUGCUCUCCAGAGGUUGGCGCCACAAUCAAAGGAUGGGUAAAAGCGAACGAGGCCUCUAAAGAAUUGGCCCAAGAAAAAGAAAAUGCUGUGGAGAUCUUAUGUGAUAGCAUAAGGGAGAAGCAGAAAGAGAAGGAAGAAAUGGAGAAAGAAAUGGACGCCAAAUUGACAGAAAUACGCAACUCAUUGAGAGCAAAGGCUGGCUUGUUGGAAGCCCAUAAGGCUAGACUGGCAAGAAUUCAGGAUGAAAGAGAUAAGGCGGAAGCUGAAUUAUCCGAGAGGGUGAAGGAAAUAGCUAAACUACGGGAACAGCAAUUAUCAGCAUCUCAAAAAGAUGCCAGUAAGAAAAGACAAUCUGAACCAAACAAGGAUUCAUACAUUGACCUUCAAUCGUCCCGCAGGGCCAGCAUCCAAGCUAAAAUGGAUAAACUAAAGGCACGAAUGGAUGCUGAAGAUGAUGCACUCCUUAGAGACCCAUUUGGUGACGAGACUCCAGUCAAGUCAAGAGACUCACGUCAGUCAACGUCAAGAGAAUCACGUCCAUCAAUGUCAAGAGAGCCACGUCCGUCGACGUCAAGAGAACUGCAACAUCCAUCAACGUCACGUCAAUCAAGUCAAUCCAAAAGAAGAAGGGAACCUAGCGUCACGUCAGGCGAUUUGGUUAUAGACUUCGACCGAGAUGCCGAACAGAAUCAGACCACGGAAGAAGCUGGUAUCUGUGAUACACCGAAAGCCAGCAAGAAAAAGAAGAGUGAAGAAAGCUCAAAGACCAAAGAGAAGGCAGAAUCCAGUAAGAAAUCCAAAUCGGGAAAAGAAGGUUCCUCCAAAAAAGACAAGAAAAAGGCAAAAGGGAAGCGAAAGGAAAAGAGGAGUGCAAGCUCCAAGAAGAAGAAGGAGGCUCUCAAGUUAAAAAGCUUGAUGUACGACAGUGCCGAGAUCACCUGCCGUGAGUGUCCAAUAGACAGAUGCCCAUUCAUCGAGAGAUCGGAGUCUAACAAUAUGGGAAGACACUACCGCACUUACCAUCCCUUCUCAUAUGGUAAAAACCUAUUUGCAAGAACUGUUUAUAUAACAGAGCCAACCUUGGAGACAAGACAGCAGCAAUGGAAGGAAUAUGCAAGGGAACAUCCACCACUGGACAGAGCUACUCGACAAAGAAUCAUUGAAAAGAUUCAGUUGCAAGAUCGUAAACAGAACAAGAUUGUGGAGAUCUCGGAUAAUGAUUUUGAUGACGAUUCGGACUCUGAGGAAUCAGAGGAUGAAUCGGAUUCUUCAGACUCAGAAAUCUCUACAUCAUCUGAGGAAGAUUAA